AUGAAGUUCCUGGCUAUCUGCAUUUUUCUAAUCUUCGCCCUGGUGGCCGUUCAGGCUCAUCCUGGUGGAUUCGGCGGAUUCGGUGGUGGCGGUGGAGGCGGCGGUUCGAACGCAGUUGCCAACGCGAAUGCCGCUGCUACCGCCGACAGCAGAGGGGGCGGUCCAGCUUCCGCCUCGGCCUCGGCCACUGCAACCGCCAACGCCAACUCCGGAGGAGGUGGAGGAGGUCAUGGCAGACGUGGAUAGGCCCAAAAUGGAUUCAUAACUGUACUCUCAAAAAGUGGGCACGUCCGCGGACAGACCUCCUCAACUGAAACAAUACCAAUACCAA